GACAGCUCUUUCCUGGGUCCAGAGUGUGAGGCUGCAGGGUGACCUCAGUCCUCGUGUGUGCCCGGCGCCCGCCGGCGGGUGCGUCGCGCUUCCUCGGAUCCCGCAGGACCUUGGCGGAACCCCCUGACCUAAUUCCUCGGCGAGGCAAUGUCUGGGAACCACAGCGGGGCCGCCGCAGCGGAAGAAAACAGUGCAAAGAUGAGAGUGAUUCGUGUGGGUACUCGCAAAAGCCAAUUGGCUCGCAUACAGACGGACAGCGUGGUGGCAAUGCUGAAAGCCUUAUAUCCUGGCCUGCAAUUUGAAAUCAUUGCAAUGUCCACCACAGGGGACAAGAUUCUGGACACUGCACUCUCUAAGAUUGGAGAGAAGAGCCUGUUUACCAAGGAACUGGAACAUGCACUAGAGAGGAAAGAAGUAGAUCUUGUUGUUCACUCCCUGAAGGACCUGCCCACUGUGCUUCCUCAAGGUUUCACCAUCGGAGCUAUCUGCAAGCGGGAGAACCCGAAUGAUGCUGUUAUCUUUCACCCAAAAUUUGUUGGAAGGACACUAGAGACCUUACCAGAGAAGAGUGUGGUAGGAACCAGCUCCCUGAGGAGAGCAGCACAACUGCAGAGAAAGUUCCCACAUCUGCAGUUCAAGAGCAUUCGGGGGAACCUCAACACAAGGCUUAGGAAGCUGGAUGAACAGCACGAGUUCAGUGCCAUAAUCCUGGCUGUAGCAGGCUUGCAGCGCAUGGGCUGGCAGAACAGAGUGGGCCAGAUUCUGCGCCCUGAGGAAUGCAUGUAUGCUGUGGGUCAGGGUGCCCUGGGUGUGGAAGUUCGAGCCAAGGACCAGGACAUCUUGGAUCUGGUGGGUGUGCUACAUGAUCCUGAGACUCUGCUCCGAUGCAUCGCUGAACGGGCCUUUCUAAGGCAGCUGGAAGGAGGCUGCAGUGUGCCAGUAGCAGUGCAUACAGUUAUGAAAGAUGGACAGCUGUACUUGACUGGAGGAGUCUGGAGUCUUGAUGGCUCAGACAGCAUGCAGGAGACUAUGCAGGCCACCAUCCACGUCCCUGCUCAGUAUGAAGAUGGCCCAGAAGAUGAUCCACAGUUGGUGGGUAUCACUGCCCGGAAAAUUCCACGGGGAAUCCAACUAGCUGCUGAGAAUUUGGGCAUCAACCUUGCCAAUUUGUUACUGAGCAAAGGAGCCAAGAAUAUUCUGGAUGUUGCUCGGCAACUAAAUGACGCUCACUAACUGGUCUGUGGGGCGUAGGUGCCUGGCUGACACUUGCUAAGUACCUACACCAGUCUUAGUGCGCCAUCCCCAAGUGGGUAGUGACCGCUCCAGGGGAACUGAACUAUAAGACUAGGGACUUGUCUCACGUUGAGGCCUUGGUAAUCAACUUCUUUCUCUUCAGUGGCCAUGGACUUUAUCUCAUUAGAGAAAAAGUCUAAGCCACAACCUUUGAAUGUAACCUAUUUUACUAAUAAAUCAGCUCUGAAGGUG